AUGAAGGGAUUCGCAACCGCCGCGCUCGCGGUAGCAGCCGCCACUACGGUGCUCGCGCAACAAUGCGCCGAUGUCAUUGUCCCCCGCUACCCUGCCCCUCAGGUCGCCGCUGGCUGGCAAGCACAGCUCGUCGCCAAUGGCUUCAAGAAGCCUCGGACAAUCCACGUUGAUAGCCAGGGUGCUCUGCUCGUCCUGGAUGCAGCUGUUGGUGUUUAUCGCGUCACAUUCAAGGACAAUGGCGGCACAUGUCUAUCGGUGAUUGAGAGCAAGCUCCUGGUCAACAACACAAGGCUCACACAUGGCAUGGCCUUUUCAGAAGAUGGCAAGACGUUGUACGCCUCCUCCGUCGACCAAGUCCUCGCCUGGGCCUACGACGCAGCAGCCGGUACCGUCAACGCAGAGCCCGCCGUCGUCAUUGAUAACAUGGCAAACAAUGACCAGACCACGCGCACCUUGGUCAUGUCCAAGGCCUCGAGCAACUGGCUCGUCGUCUCCCGUGGCGUCGAUGAGAACUUUGACAUUGACGCGCUCGAUGCCACCAGCGGUCACGCUCAGGUCAAGGCCUUCGACCUGAGCAAGUCUGGCAACAAUCCCUUUGACUUCAACACUGAUGGGAAGCUUCUCGGCUGGGGCAUCCGCAACGCCGUCGCCGUCGCCGAAGACCCGGUCACCGGUAACGUCUGGGCUAUGGAUAACUCCAUCGACGAUAUCACGCGCAACGGCGUCGACAUCCAUGCCAACAACCCCGGCGAGGAGCUGAACCUGCUCGGUACCAUUGCAAACGAGACCGACGCCGGAAACUACGGAUACCCGCGGUGCUUCGCCGUCUGGGAUACCAGCAUCCCGCUGAACAGCUCCCUCACCGUCGGCGACCAGUUCUCCAUGGAGCAGAACACGACGAUGAAUGAUACCCGCUGCCACAACGACUACAUUGCUCCCCGCCUCACCUUCCAAUCGCACUCGUCUCCCGUUUUCCUCAAGUUCAGCAACGACGGAUCAACCGCCUUCAUAUCUUUCCGCGGAAGCUUCAACCGCCCCGACCCCGUUGGCUACGCCCUCACCGCAGUCGAUUUCUCCAACGGCGAGCCUGUGGCGAGCAGCGACUCGACCGACACGCUCAAGAACAUUAUGUAUAACAAGGACCUCAGCACCUGCCCCGAUCAGUGCUUCCGCCCCGUCGGUCUCGCGUGGGACUCCCAUAACCGCCUGUUCAUGACGUCCGACUCCACGGGCGAGAUCUACAUCCUACAACAAAACAACACCACGCCGACGUCGACGACGCCUGGCACCAUAGUCACCGCGACUGCUAAGCCCAAUGCUGCUAGUGGCUUUGCCUCUUCGCUUGGUCUUGGUUUCGCUGCGUUGGUCGCGGCAACCUUCUUCUCUUUCUAG